AUGCGCCGCGGAUGGUUCAAAUACACUAAUGGGUUAAACGGGGACGUCAUAUCGCUCAGACCUAGAUUCAUUGUAAUCCAGUCAACAUCCGCAGACAGCAAGAAAGCAAGGCAGUUUCGAAUCGCACCUGAAGGGACCAACGCUGGAGCCAAGUUUAGCGCUCAAGAAUGUGAUGUAACCAACGUGUCCAGGAAAGAAGCAAUUUUGCUCCAUCGAUCUGAUCAACCGCAGAGUUUGAUAAAGAGACAAGAGACUAGUAAAAUUAUCUCUACAUCGGAUUUCGCCCACAAGAUCAUCAUCAGGCUUUCCACCAAUAAGUGCGACCUAUUUGCUCUUAUAAAAAAGAAGAGAUCUGUGUGCAAUCUUCCCAAUACCAAACCGAACUUACGACAAUCGAAUUCUCCUCUACCCAGAGGUCACAUAAGGCACAAGGCCGUAGCACGCCAGAGAAGGGCCCAGUACCUCAAAAAUGCAAAUGGACAGAUGAAAGAGUAUCUUAAAUCCCAUGCUAAUAACUUCAUAAAUGGAGAAAAAGAACCUUACUCCAAUAAAACAACAACCCACCAAAUUCGACGCUGA